CUGCGCGCGGGCUGCCGGGAACGGGGCGGAGCGCGGCCGCGCCGGCGCGUCGAGGGGAGAGGCAGCCGCCGCGAUGGACGUGUUCCUCAUGAUCCGGCGCCACAAGACCACCAUCUUCACGGACGCCAAGGAGUCCAGCACGGUGUUCGAGCUGAAGCGCAUCGUCGAGGGCAUCCUCAAGCGGCCGCCCGACGAGCAGCGGCUGUACAAGGAUGACCAACUCUUGGAUGAUGGCAAGACACUGGGCGAGUGUGGCUUCACCAGUCAAACAGCACGGCCACAGGCCCCAGCCACAGUGGGGCUGGCCUUCCGUGCAGAGGACACCUUUGAGGCCCUGUGCAUCGAGCCAUUCUCCAGCCCGCCCGAGUUGCCCGAUGUGAUGAAGCCCCAGGACUCGGGAAGCAGUGCCAAUGAACAAGCCGUGCAGUGAGGACCCGGAAGAGGCCCAUUCCCUUCAAUAAAAGAGAUUUGGGAGUCUGC